GUUUUUGGUUCUUUCAUGGUGCAUUUUGCGUUGACGCCUUAAAAACUUAGUCUUUUUCUUGUUUUGUUUUUUGGGUUUGUUUUAAAUUGUUGACUUUGUGACUUUUGUAUUUUUGUUUUUGAUUAUGUGGUCAAUUGGGUUUGUCUUGGUCUUUUCUGUUACCACUUUCCAAGAAAAAAAGGUGGUGGGGUUUAUAGUGUUGACUCGCCAAAGUUGAUAUAUUUUUGAGUUCAUAUCAAGAAGGUUCCUUUGAGGGUGAAUUGUUAUCUUUUUCUGGUUUUAUCUCUAAUUUUGAUUUCUUUUGUUGGGAAUAAUCAUAUGCAAAUUAUAUGUUAGGUACUCUACCUUUUGUAUUGAAGGGAAAUUGGUAUCAUAAGUAAACCGCUGUGCACUUAUAAUCGACCGGAAGUAACAAUGGUAAGCUUGAGAAGGCGCAGACUUUUGGGAUUAUGCUCAGGAAAUAAUUCAUUUGUCACUCCACUUCCUCUAUACUGUGAAAAUCUAGCCCGUUUUGAAAAUUCAAGUCAGAAUGCUAAUCCUAAAAGUGAACAAUCUGUGGUUUCGGAUAUCGUGAGCGUCGUCUUGGACAGUACAGGGACACAGACUUCCCAAAAUACCGUUGUGAAAGAUGAAUCAGGAUCAUCGGAUGUAUCUGGUUCUAGCCCGUCUAAAGAGCAGCCUAGUCAACAAAGCAUAGGGCCUCCUGUUAAACGUAGAAAGCGACAUUCAAGAAAACAUAGAGAGAAUCAAGAACCAUGCUUAAUGAGAGGGGUGUAUUUCAAAAAUAUGAAGUGGCAAGCAGCAAUAAAAGUGGACAAGAAACAGAUCCACCUAGGGACCUUUGCGUCACAGGAAGAAGCUGCUCGAUUGUAUGACAGGGCUGCUUUCAUGUGUGGGAGGGAACCAAAUUUUGAGCUUUCCGAAGAACAAAAGCGCGAAUUGAGUAAGUUCAAAUGGGAAGAAUUCUUGACGAUGACACGACAGACAAUAACCUGCAAAAAACACAAGAAAAGUCGUAGUCCAGGACUGGUAGAAGUCGAACCUUCGUCGAAUGGAGUUGAUUGUGGCGGUAAGCAAGUAGUGACUGACUUCUCCGUCAGUGGUGAAGCGGAGCAAGAAAUAGAUGUCUCUAGAAAUUUAUGAUUCAAGAGUGGAGCUUGAGGAGGAAACUUCCAGUUCUAACAGUUCAUUUUUUGCUAUCGGAUCAAUUUUCAAUUAUAUUAUUCUUAACUUAUCAAAAUGCUACCGCUUAAACAAAUAAGUAGCAUAUAGAAUAGAACCGGUUCAUGAUGCUAUUAUUUCUUUUAUAUCUGGUUAUAUAUAUAUUUUUUGUCGAUAA